AUGUCCAAUAUAUUUGAAUCGUGGAAAGUUUUGGGAUUUUUUCAAUCGGAGCAAACAAAGAAUGAACAAACAAUUAAAGAUUUCGAGACCAAACUCCGAGAGAAAGCGAUGAAAGUUACUUAUGAAAAUGCUCAAACGAAUCGUGAUGAGGCCAGACACAUGUUAGAAAACGAAUUCAACAAUUUGAUCACUGAAGUUAUAUCGAUUACAAUGAACUUGGAUUCACUAUGGAAAAGAUCACUUGAAAUGGCUUUUAGCCUGUUAAAUACGCUUGAUAAAUCUGAGUUGCCAACAUACGAUCAUAUUUCGGCUUAUUUGACAUUUUUACAAAACUUAGAUUCUUCGGAAGCGCAACCCAUCUCGAUCGAUGCAUCUCUAUCAAAAAUUUGUGAUACAUGUAUAGCCCGUGCAUCGGGAUUAGACGCACUAGAUAGUCUUUCACAUCAAACUGAUACACGUGUUCAGACCCAUGGCAAACCUUGCAAAUUUUUCGACAAGAAUAAAUUAGAUAUAAUAAUUGAGGCUUCACAGAUUAAUCAAAGACAAAGGCGAUUGUUUUCGCUAGAAGGUGCUCCUCAAGAGCAAGAAUCAUUAGUUCUUUCUCAUGAACAACGAAAAGAAAUUGUUAAAUUACCAGAAAUAUUUAAGACACUCGAGAGUUUUGUAAAACCAAUUUUAAUAGAAAAACAAGAUGAUAAACUUUCUAAUGAUAUUGGUGUUGUCCAAAAGAUUAUCACGGCUGUUGAUAAAAUUACUCAAGAUUUUAACAAUGAAGGGAAGACAUUUUCAUAUUGCUUAUCAAAGGAAGGUCGCGAUGCACUCUCGAUUUAUGCUGUUUUGUCAAUUGGAUUAUAUUUUUACAGUCGAUGUAAAACGGAUCGUCUGAACACCCACAAAAGAGUAAAUGACAGCAAAGCUGAACUUGUAGAAAAAUUUCUUCCUUGGUUUUUUAUUACCGAAAAUGAUGAUAUGAAUAUGGCUAACAAGCUAAUCCAGAAAAUAUCUUCGGCUUUGGAUAAAACAUUCGAAUUACAUAUCAAAGAACUGAUCAAUAGCAAGUUGGAUGAGAACAUUCACACAUUUUACAGAUCGGUGAUUAUCGGCGAACUCGGUGACGAAGCCUAUGAUGCUGAAGACAGUUGGUUAGAGAAAUAUGUUUUGGAACCUGAAAAGUUAAUUGAAGGACGAUUUAAGGAAAAAUGGACAAAAUUUCGAAUGGAUCUCGAUGAUGAGCUUAGUAAAAUUAGUUAUAAAGUCUUAUCAAGAUUAAUGAACAUUUUUGACGCCAUGAAAAGCGUGAAGGAAGUAGCAGAAAAGCAUGAUGGUAAUUCUCUAUAUUUCGUCGACACUUUGUUCGAACCAUGUGGAGAUCAGAGCAGUCAUCGACCAUCUGAUAAGCGAAAUUGCAUGUUCCAACUCUUCUACGGCUAUCUUGUUGGAGACCAAGUACCUGAACGAAUUACAAUUCGAAAUUAUGUGACUUACUCAGUCAAAUCACAUUGGAAAACAAUGGUUGCUGAGUUUCCAGAUUUAGACAUAGAAAUUAAACAGAUGUUUCGUUCGAUUCAAAACGUAUUCGACGCAGGUACGAUCAGCUAUCUUGGAAAUUUUCUCUUUCAUUUGAUCGAUCAAAAUUCCAAAACGGAGCAAACCAUUAUAAGCGAACCGAAGUCAUUAAUUGACACGAAUUUUAAAGAAUUUCAUGACCGUUUAAUUAAACAGGUACUUGUUUGCACUGAAAAAUGUCCCUGUUGCAAACGUAUAUGUGACGCAGAUCAUCAUUUGGAUAUUAAUGCUCCUAUUGGACGAGGUAGCAAUCGACAUUGCUGUAAAUUAGGUCAUCAGAUUCGUGGUAUGGGUGGUAUACGAUUCGAGUCUACCGAUGAAGCAUCGCUAUUGUCGUGUGAGAUCAUUAAAGACACCGAUAUUAUUGUUAUAACUAAAAAUGAACGAAAAAUAUGGAAAGAGUUCAAGGAAGAGAAUCUCGAUUGGGAUUUUGGUGAUCCAAGAAUUCGAGAUACGCUGAAAACACCAUAUUCCCAUAUCUGGAAUCGAAUUGGCGAGCAGUUAUGCAAAAAGUAUAAGCCAAAAAUAACAUUCGUCAAGGAAAAUAGUCCGUCGAAAAUAAGCCAUCUAAUUUUCGUAUGUGAUCAUUCGGGCUCCAUGAACAACGAAGUAGCUAAUCAGAAAUCAUUCUGGAAUUCUUUUUGGACAAAAUCAAGUCAAAAUGUAACUGCUAACUCAGAUAAAAGCAAUCGAACAGGAUGGGAAUGCCUACUUGAAGCUGUUCAUAGAUUCAUCGAAAUUCGUAAGAACCGACUGUGUAUGAAUGAUAGGAUCACCAUUAUUUUAUUCGGCAACGAAGCAAAACGAAUGCAUAAUCAAGACAAUCUUGAGAGCAUUGACCUUGAAGGAUUGAACAUCAACAUUGAUAUAUGUGGCGCCGGAACGAACUUUUCCGCUGCCUUUAAAAUGGUGGCCGAAACAUUAGAAGAAGUCAACCGAGAUCGUGAACGAAAUCGAUUUCAACAAAGCGUUAUCUUUAUGACUGAUGGUGAUCCUCAAGACGACUGGACAGCAGAACUACAGAAUUUAUGUCGCUACAGAAAAGGUUUGAAAAGCUUUUCAAUUCAUUAA